UGGCAUAUCUCUUGAAGGUUACUAUGGCCUCAUGACGCCUUGCCUGCAAUGAAGGCGGAACUAUGCACCGACCUGAAGCUUCAGGCCGUGCCUCCCAGCAAGAACCCAGCCGAGCUCUGCCAGGUGGGUGGCUGGCAAGCCCUGGAGGGGCAAAGCGCCGUGGAGGCUCUGCAUCGCAGCGACGAGUGGCGAGAGCAGUACCAGCUGGUGCAGAAGGACGGCCUCGCGCUGCAGUCUGCGCCCUGGAGCCUUCGCUGUGACAAGGAGCUCGUGGCGGAGGCCUGCUGGGCCAACGGUCUUGCCUUGCAGCAUGCACCGGAGCUGAAGGAUGACUGGGAGGUUGUCAUGUGCGCUGUCUCCAGGAAUGGCACGGCGCUGAUGUGGGCUUCCCCGGAGCUGCAGGCGGACAAGGAGGUCGUGUCUCGCGCCGUGUGCGAGAGUGGCGGCGCUUUGGCCUAUGCCUCCCAGGAACUUCGCGCGGACCGGGACGUGGUCCUGGCGGCGGUGCGGCAGCGGGGCAUAGCGCUGCGCUACGCCUCGGAGGACCUCAAGGCUGACCGCGAGGUGGUGAAGGCGGCUGCAGGACAGAGCAAACGAGCUCUGAUGUAUGCCGCAGAUGUCCUGAAGAAGGAUGCAGCUUUCAUCAAGGAAGCGUCCAGCCAGGCUCCCGCGCCGGCGGCGGAACGGCCUGCGGCGCCGGUGCCGCCCAGCUAUGGGCCCGGCCUGUGACGUGCUCGUGCC